CCAGAACCAAAGAAUGAAACAAAACAUAUCAGCUUCUUGUCAAAUCCCACUGGCAUGGGGUCGCAAACGAAUGAGCUCCACCAACCCAUCCUACAACCCACCACCCCGCCGCCACCGUCCACCGGGGCCCACUCGUCGAGCACCGAACUAGAAAACAUACUGUCAGACACCCAACUACCGUUCUCGACACGACUCCGUCUGGCCGGCAGGCUUGAGCUCAAGCUCCUCUUCCGCUUCGCUGGACCGGCGGUGAUGAUGUACCUGAUUAACAACGCCAUGUCCCUCGCAACACGCAUUUUCGCCGGCCACCUCGGGAAUCUCGAGCUAGCCGCCGCCUCCCUCGGCAACAGCGGCAUCCAGUUGUUUGCCUAUGGUCUCAUGCUUGGAAUGGGGAGUGCGGUGGAGACACUCUGUGGUCAAGCCUAUGGGGCGUACAAGUACGAAAUGCUCGGGGUCUACCUCCAAAGAGCAACGAUAGUCCUCACUCUAACCGGUAUCCCGAUGACGGUGAUCUACCUCCUAUCCAAAAAGAUCCUCCUAUUACUAGGGGAAUCAAAUGCUCUGGCAUCGGAAGCGGCCAUCUUUGUCUACGGCCUCAUCCCGCAGAUCUUCGCGUACGCCGUCAAUUUUCCGAUACAGAAAUUUCUCCAGUCGCAGAGCAUUGUGGCCCCAAGCGCAUACAUCUCCGCUUCUACUCUUGUCCUGCACUUGGUGCUAAGCUGGGUAGUGGUGUACAAGAUUGGGCUGGGCCUGCUGGGGGCGUCACUGGUGUUGAGCCUGUCGUGGUGGAUCAUAGUGGCGGCUCAGUUUAUUUACAUCUUGGUGAGCCACAAGUGUAAGGCCACGUGGACCGGGUUCAGAAUGGAGGCCUUUUCUGGGCUUUGGGGGUUCGUGAAAUUAUCCGCUGCAUCGGCGGUGAUGCUGUGCCUGGAGGCUUGGUACAUGCAGAUCUUGGUGUUGAUUGCUGGACUGCUCAAAAACCCUGAGAUUGAAUUGGAUGCUCUCUCCGUUUGCAUGGGGAUAAACGGCUUGAUGUUCAUGGUUUCAGUUGGCUUCAAUGCAGCUGCUAGUGUGAGAGUUGGAAAUGAGCUUGGAGCAGGGAAUCCGAAGUCAGCAGCAUUCGCUGUGGUAAUGGUGAAUUUAGUCUCUUUUAUCGUUGCAGUGGUUGAAGCGGUGGUGGUUUUAUCUCUCCGGAAUGUCAUCAGCUACGCCUUCACUAGCGGUGAGACGGUGGCUAAUGCCGUCUCUGAACUCUGCCCGUUCCUUGCAGUCACUCUCAUUCUCAAUGGGAUCCAGCCAGUCUUGUCCGGUGUGGCUGUUGGAUGUGGAUGGCAAGCAUUCGUGGCGUAUGUGAAUGUGGGAUGUUAUUAUUUCGUUGGACUCCCAAUUGGUUGUGUGCUCGGCUUUAAGUUCGACCUUGGUGCUAAGGGGAUAUGGUCUGGAAUGAUAGGGGGAACAGUAAUGCAAACUGCCAUCUUAAUCUGGACAACUUUUCGAACAGACUGGAACAAAGAGGUGGAGAAGGCUAAGAUCCGGUUAGACAAAUGGGAUGACAUAGCUACACAGCCGCUCCUGAAGGACUCCAUUAAUGCCGGAGAAGCUGGCAAUGGUGCUUCUCGUUCGUUGAAUUGGGCUGAAGGCUAGGAUAUAACUUUAGUAGCCAUUUUUGUUUGUCAUGUAUUAAUUAUCAUUAUAGGUUGAUUUUCUAAAGUAAAACAGUCGUGAUUGUUAACAGUAUUCGGAAUUCGGGAGUAUCAACCCACACGUGGUGAGAAUUGGUUGUAGCAAACGUUAAUUUAAAUAAAAAAAAAUGGGGUUGAUGAUCGUCAA